AUGCGCGCGGUGGCGAGCGCGCGCGCGCGCGCGUCGUGGGCGACGGGUGCGACGCGGGUCGAGCGACGACGCGUGCGCGCGCGGGCGGGGAAGACGGCGUCGGGGGGGUACGAGGCGCGAAAUGAGUUUGUGAUUCCAUCGGGCGACGGCGCCGUCGUGAAGCGAUUCGAGGAGGAGAUGGCGCUGCGGGUGCGGGUGGCGAAGGAGUGCGGGGCGAGUGCGGUGGCGUUGGUGAAGCUUAGGGCGAACGAGUACGCGUUCGAGCAGACGUGGGCGAGUAAGGAGGCGUACGAGGCGUACAUGAACACGCCGGCGAGACGACGAUCGCAUCUCACGGUUGGGGUCUAUCAGAGAUUGCCAAAGGAUAAGUGGAGCGUUCCGGAGAACUUCACGCCGCUUCUGUGGUGA